AUGAAGAGCACCACCAACUUCUUGAUUUUGAAUCAAUCAUGCUCAGAUUUACUGGCAACGUUUUCAAGAAUAAUCUAUAUAGCGGUGCUACAAGAUACUUCCUUGCGAAAAUUAUGGUUUGGAGGAAUUCCGGGCCUAGUCACGUGCAAAUUAUUUCUCACGUGCCUUUUUGUUCCUCGCAAUUUUUCAGUUUUGAUUCUUGUGGCAAUAGCUUUCGAUCGUUUUUUUGCCGUCACCCAGCCCUUCAGGCAGUCACCUCUGUCUAAACACUUAAAGAAAACAAUAGUGUUUCUGUGGCUCUGGUGCAUUAUUGCUUCGUCAUAUAUGCUUGCCAAGGGAAGUGUGCAGAACAUUCAAGAUUCAUUUUACUGCGACUACAAUGAAAACCCUGAUCAGGUAUUCAACGAGUGGAAAGAAUUCAACGUUACUGCUGUAGUUAUCUUUUGUCUUCUGCCUGUAUUGGUAGUUGUAGUGUUAUAUACCAUUGUAUGUUACAAACUGUGGUCACGUAAAGUCCCAGGCGAGCAAACCAAUCAGAAUCAAGGAUCAGCGGAGGCUUUAAAGACAGCGAAGAAAGUUACCCGGAUGAUGGUUGUCGUUGCGGCGUUAUUUGUUUUGUGUUGGUUUCCUUAUUACUUGACUUUAUUGGUACAGUUUUCCAGUCAUGGGCCAAGAAAUUAUAAAUCAGAGUUGAGCCUCAUUUGGUUGACUGUUGCUUUCAGCGGUUUUAAUCCCUAUAUCUAUCUCACUUUCAAUCAAGCGUUCCGAACUGGCUUUCACCACUUAUUUGGGAAAAACUCCAGGAAAAUCAAGAUUCCAAAAGUAAUGUUUUUUCGAUCGCAAAGUGUAGAACUGGAGCAAAUGUAAAAUGUGGGGAACAUUUUUUCAGAGGUCACCUUCAGAACAAGAAAAAGUGUCUCCAGGAUAUAAUUAAGUGUUCCUCUAAUGAGGGUGACAGAAAUCUAGUAUUGGAGGAUUUUUUUUCACUGCAUGAGUUAGUUCAAAAUAUUGUUUUUUCUCAAAGGAGGUGUUGCACAAGAGCAGUUGGAC